AUGGCCUCCGAGUUGGUCAAAGUGGUGGUGCGCUGUCGCCCCAUGAACCAGCGCGAGCGGGAGAUGAACUGUCAGGCCGUGGUGACAGUGGACUGCGCCCGCGGCCAGUGCUUCAUCCAGAACCCGGGCGCGGCCGAUGAGCCCCCCAAGCAGUUCACCUUCGACGGCGCCUACUACAUGGAUCAUUUCACCGAGCAGAUCUACAAUGAGAUCGCCUACCCGCUGGUGGAGGGCGUCACUGAGGGCUACAAUGGCACCAUCUUUGCAUACGGCCAGACGGGCAGUGGGAAGUCCUUCACCAUGCAGGGCCUGUCAGACCCCCCCAGCCAGAGAGGGAUCAUCCCCAGGGCCUUCGAGCACGUGUUUGAGAGCGUCCAGUGUGCAGAAAACACCAAGUUCCUGGUUCGAGCCUCCUACCUAGAGAUCUACAAUGAGGAUGUCCGUGACCUGCUGGGGGCUGACACCAAGCAGAAGCUGGAGCUGAAGGAGCACCCGGAGAAGGGCGUGUACGUGAAGGGGCUGUCCAUGCACACGGUGCACAACGUGGCCCAGUGCGAGCGCAUCAUGGAGAUAGGCUGGAAGAACCGCUCGGUUGGCUACACUCUGAUGAACAAGGACUCUUCGCGCUCACACUCCAUCUUCACCAUCUGCAUUGAGAUCUAUGCUGUGGACGAGAGGGGUAAGGACCAUCUUCGCGCGGGGAAGCUGAACCUGGUGGACCUGGCCGGCAGCGAGCGGCAGUCCAAGACGGGGGCCACGGGGGAGCGGCUCAAGGAGGCCACCAAGAUCAACCUGUCGCUGUCGGCGCUGGGCAACGUCAUCUCCGCCCUGGUGGACGGGCGCUGCAAACACAUCCCCUACCGCGACUCCAAGCUCACCCGCCUGCUGCAGGACUCGCUGGGCGGCAACACCAAGACGCUGAUGGUGGCCUGCCUGUCCCCGGCCGACAACAACUACGACGAGAGCCUCAGCACGCUGCGCUACGCCAACCGAGCCAAGAACAUCAAGAACCAGCCGCGCAUCAACGAGGACCCCAAGGAUGCGCUGCUCCGCCAGUACCAGGAGGAGAUCAAGAGGCUGAAGGCCAUCCUGGCGCAGCAGAUGAGCCCCAGCACAGCCUUGCCGUCCAGCCAGGUGCCCUCAGAUCCUGUCCCAGUUGAGGAGAGACUGUUGCCAACCCCUGUGAUCCAGCCUGACACAGAGGCUGAAAAGCAGCUGAUCCGGGAGGAGUACGAGGAGCGCCUGGCCCGACUGAAGGCCGACUAUGAGGCAGAGCAGGAGUCCCGGGCCAGGCUGGAGGAGGACAUCACAGCCAUGCGCAACUCAUACGACGUGAAGCUGUCCACGCUGGAGGAGAGCCUGCGGAAGGAGUCAGAGGCCGUCCUGAAGGCAGAAGUCCUCUACCAGACUGAGGUCAUGUCCCAGGCCGAGUUUGCUAGCAGUUCGGAGCACUCCCCGGCUGUGCAGUACGAGGUGGUCAUGAAGCCCGAGAUCCUCUGCAUGCCCGGAUCGCUGGCCCCGGGGGAGCUGGCCAAGGCCCAGGACUCCCCGGGGUCGGAGGAGCUGCCCCAGAUGGAGCCCGUCAAGUCUGAGAUUUCCUAUGGGUCCAACGAGUCAUCCACGCUGGAAGACUCCUCCAUGUCGGAGGCCUUCCCGGGGCCCGAGGAGCUGGCCAACGUGGAGUUCUCGGGGCCCGGGGUGGUGGAGUCGGGGAGCAGGUACUUGCCAGAGGACUAUCUGGGCCAGGAGGCCGCCGGACCCUCGCUGGAGGGCGAGCUGCCCGCGGCGCCCCUGCAUGUGUUGUCGAGUCUGCAGGACCCCUUUGUGCACUUGGAAGUCAAGCUGGCGCGCCUGUCCUCCACCGUGGCCAUGGCGGACGCAGCACCGGCCGACAGCGCCGAGGACGCACUGCAGGUAGCCAGGGCGCCGCGGGGCUCCUGUGCCUGGGACCCCCGCGGUGUGAACCGGAUGUCUCCCGGCUCCACCGUGGUUCUGGGAGCUGUCAAGCAACUGCCGCAGCUGGAGCCCAGUGACACCAGGUCAGCCGCAGAGGCGGCAGACUGUGGACUCCCACCAGCCAAGGAGGCUGAUCUGGCCCCGGACGUGGUAGUGUGCACAGCAGAGACCGGUGUGUGGCUGGAGCCUGAAGUCCACGAGGCCCUGGAGUUCCAGCCCCGGCCCCGGCUGGCCACAGCAAGCCUCAAAAGGGAGAGCCUGGGCCUGGGCGGGGAGGAGGCCGGGCUGCCUGACGAGCCCCUGCACGAGGUGGACCAGCAGCGUGUGCUGGCACGCCUGCAGCUGCUGGAGCAGCAGGUAGUGGGUGGAGAGCAGGCCAAGAACAAGGACCUGAAGGAGAAACACAAGCGGCGCAAGCGCUAUGCGGACGAGCGCAAGAAGCAGCUGGUGGCUGCGCUGCAGAACUCAGACGAGGACAGCGGGGACUGGGUGCUGCUCAACGUCUACGACUCCAUCCAGGAGGAGGUGCGGGCCAAGAGCAAGCUGCUGGAGAAGAUGCAGAAGAAGCUUCGUGCGGCGGAGGUGGAGAUCAAAGACCUGCAAUCGGAGUUCGAGCUGGAGAAGAUCGAUUACCUGGCCACCAUCCGGCGGCAGGAGCGGGACGCCAUGCUGUUCCAGCAGCUGCUGGAGCAGGUGCAGCCCCUCAUCCGCCGGGACUGUAACUAUAGCAACCUGGAGAGGAUCCGGCGCGAGUCGAGCUGGGAUGAGGAGAACGGCUUCUGGAAGGUCCCGGAGCCCAUGAUCGUGAAGACUAGCCUGCCCGUAGCAGUUUCAACCGGGUCACAGAACAAAGCAGCCCGCAAAACCCCUGCAGCAGACAGUGGAGAGUCAAACACGGAGGAGGACCGCUACAAGCUGAUGCUCAGCCGGAGCGACAGUGAGAACAUUGCCAGCAACUACUUCCGGUCCAAGCGGGCCAGCCAGAUCCUGAGCACAGACCCCAUGAAGAGCCUCGCGCAUCACAACUCACCGCCAGGCCUCACCUCCCCGCUGGGCAACAGCUCUGCCAUCCCCCUACCCCAGGCCCCUGAAAUGCCCCAGCCCCGGCCCUUCCGCCUCGAGUCCCUCGACAUCCCCUUCUCCAAAGCCAAGCGUAAGAAAAGCAAAAGCAACUUUGGCAAUGAGCCCCUGUAGCGGCAUCCUGCCCACCUGCCCUAGGCUUCUAGAAACUGCCAGGCUCUCCCAGGGCAGCCCCCCAACCAGGCUUCCUUCCCUGGGCUGGGGGGGGGGCUCAGCCCUGAGCUUGCUGGACAGUCCCUGAGAAGCCUGCCAUCCCUGUCCCACCACCGUGCCAGUGUUGCCACCUCCUCUCCUGCCGCGGAGCCUGUGCUCGGGCCCGAGGGUCUUUG